AUGCUGGCAUCUUUUAAAUUGAAGAAGCUGAUCAAGUGCAGUAAUCCUAAUUGCGCGGAGUGCGAUAUAUACAAAUUAUUCAUGUGCCAUUUGUGUAGCAGCAAGCUGUACGAAAAAUACUACAAUAUGAAAACGGCGCUAUGGCGAAGAGAUGCGAUUCUGCAAUUUCCGAGUUUAAUAUGCUGCGAAGAACACUUUACAUGGCAUUUGAUGAAUUGUGGAGGAAUGGAGAACAUGACUCCCCUUGUUGACAAGAGUUGCAUUGAAAACGGGUACUAUGCAAGAGAUGGAAUUGUAAAUGAUAUGUUGUUUUAA